AUGAACUCUCCCACCCUCGCCUCGUCCUCCGGCCAACAAAGCGCCGCGCUCAAAGCCCAUGCCCUCCACCACAAGACGCUCUCUGCGGCAGAAGCCGAGCGCAUCGCCAAAUUGCUCGACUCGGACUCGCGCCGCUCGAUCGCCCCCAAUACAUCGCGCCUAUACGCCCUCCCUCAGUCCGAUAUCCAACUCAACGAGCGCUUCACGGUCAUAGAUGGUGUCGUUGUUGUCCUUGAUCCCGAAGCGAGCGAUGGAGAUGCAAGAAGAGCCCCGACGGCUGAACAGCAGAGGUUGAAGGUGGACAGUGAAGGGAGGACGGAUCAGUAUGUGAAGCUCGCGGAGGGGAGCGAGACGUACAAUCACUGGAUGAGGACGGUCGGCAAUCUGGUGGCUUAUCAUGUAUGUGGGCAGACUAUUGCGAAUAGCAAGCGGUGGAGGAUCAGGCUCCCAAUGGGAUACACACUCUGGCAUCACGUCGAUGGCACAGUAUCGGACGAUCCCAAGAAUGCGCGGAGAGAUCCGUACCUCUAUGGUUCGACGACACAUGGCACAGGAAAGACGCCCUUCCGAAGUCCCGCAGAGUUUGCGCCGCACUUCAUGUGGCUCAUGCUCGGCCGGCCGCAGGGAGAGUGUAGAUGCCAGUAUUGCUCCCACCGCCCUCAGGAUACGGUCUCGUCCGAGCUAUUCGGGUAUCUACCGAAGGAUGCUGAGGAACAGGAGCGAGUGGGGAGUUCGAAUGGGACUGGGACUGGAGGCAAGAAACCGCAGAAGAAGAGGAAGAAGGAUGGGGAUAAGCCAAUCGUUGCGAAGGAUUAUAGGCAGGGAAUAUGA